UCUUAACAAGGAACUGGACACUUUAUCGUUAACAAUUGAAUCUCAUGAAAAGAAUCUCACAGAACUCAUCAACACGGAACGAGUGAAAGCUCGUCAACACUUUGAUAAAGAAACGAAGAAAAUGGAGAAGAAAUUGCGGCAGGUGAUAGAAUUGUCUGACACAAAAAUUAAGGAAAUGAAAGAAAGAGAGAACAGACUAAUAAAAGACUUUGAAACAGAAAAAGAAAGUCUCGGCGCCCGCUUUCUCCUCGCCGCCAGGGGGCUGGUAGAUUUAAAGGACAAAGAGCAUAAAGCGAAUAUAAAGAAG